CCUGCAGGAGCCCGCCCGGCAGACAAUCGUAAAGCUGCUCGGGGGUCGCUCACCUGCUCCCGCCUCCUGGAGCCCCUACCGGGCCUGACCACUCCUGCCCCCUCCAUUGCCCGCCCCCUGCCCGAGCCGGGCCAGGAACCGAGAGGUCCGAGAGGCCGGGGAAGGAUGCGGCCAGCAGCUGCGGUCCCGAGCCACGCAUGGUGAUCGCCUCCUCCAGGGGAGGAGGCGCCUAGACCGUUGCCUCAUUUCUUGUUUUCCUCUCCCUCCCCCCUCCCCGUAAUUACAUUGGCUGCUGGAAGGGACCUGGAGAGACAGAGGAGGCGCCUCGCAUCCCCCUCUCGCCCGCCACCCGUGCUCUUUCCUGUCCCGGGUCAGGAUGACUGGAGUCUUUGACAGUCUGGUAGCUGAUAUGCACUCGACCCAGAUCACCGCCUCCAGCACAUACCACCAGCAUCAGCAGCCCCCGAGCGGUGCCGGCGCCGGCCCCGGCGGCAGCAGCAACAGCAGCAGCAGUAACGGCAGCCUGCACAAGCCCCAGGAGUCGCCAACCCUGCCGGUGUCCACAGCUACCGACAGCAGCUACUACACCAACCAGCAGCACCCGGCGGGCGGCGGCGGCGGGGGGGCCUCGCCCUACGCGCACAUGGGCUCCUACCAGUACCACGCCACCGGCCUCAGCAACGUCUCCUACUCCGCCAAAAGCAGCUACGACCUGGGCUACACUGCCGCGUACACCUCCUAUGCGCCCUACGGAACCAGUUCGUCCCCGGUCAACAACGAGCCUGACAAGGAAGACCUAGAGCCUGAAAUCCGAAUAGUGAACGGGAAGCCAAAGAAAGUCCGGAAACCACGCACCAUCUACUCCAGUUUCCAGCUGGCGGCCCUUCAGCGGCGCUUCCAGAAGACCCAGUAUCUGGCACUGCCGGAGCGAGCCGAGCUGGCGGCAUCUCUGGGCCUCACUCAGACUCAGGUCAAAAUCUGGUUCCAGAACCGCCGAUCCAAGUUCAAGAAGAUGUGGAAAAGCGGUGAGAUCCCCACAGAGCAGCACCCUGGAGCCAGCACUUCCCCGCCUUGUGCCUCCCCGCCGGUCUCGGCGCCAGCUUCCUGGGACUUCGGCGCGCCGCAACGGAUGGGGGGCGGCGGCCCGGGCAGCGGAGGCAGUGGCCCGGGCAGCUCCAGCUCCAGCCCGAGCAGCGCCGCCUCGGCGUUUCUGGGAAACUACCCGUGGUAUCACCAGGCUUCGGGCUCCGCUUCACACCUGCAGGCCACUGCGCCGCUCCUGCACCCCUCGCAGACCCCACAGGCGCACCACCAUCACCACCAUCACCACCACGCAGGCGGGGGCGCCCCGGUGAGCGCGGGGACGAUUUUCUAACCCUGAGGAAUCGGCACCAGAGACUUGAAAACUGAGACAAGGUGUUCUUCAGUACGCUAUAGCUCCAUAGCUAGAGGCUCGAUCCUGCCAGCCGGAGACCGCCACCCAGCCAUACUGAAAGUGGCGAC